AAAUAAAAACCUUCGAAUCAGUCUUAGGGCUUGUUACCGGAUCGCCUCUCAUCUCUCUGGGAAGAAACCCAGUCAUCGCCGACGCCACGCCCAGUCGAUCGAUCGCCUCUCAUCGCCGCCGCUAGUCAACGCCGCCGCCUCUCAUUGCCGAUCGCCUCACUGCUGAAAGAUUUGAAAUUGUCUCUUUGUCAUGGAUUCACUGAAAGCAAAAGCAUAUGCAGCAUUUGAAGAGAGGGUGAGGCGGACUGUUUACGUUGACAACCUUUCGCCUCAAGUCAACAAAAGUAUUUUGAAAUCAGCAUUCGAUCAAUUUGGGAAUGUCUGCAAAGUUGAGUUUAUUCCAAACUAUGCAGAAGAAAUUAACAUGCCACACUGUGCAUUGGUGGAGAUGGACUCUCCAGACCUGGCCAAAGAACUUGUACCGGCAAUGAGUAAUCAACCCUUCUUGGUUUUGGGGAUGCCGAGGCCUGUUAGGGUAUGUGCUGCUGAAAUGGAGAUGUUUGAGGAUCGCCCACAAAAGCCUGGGACGAAGAUCACUUGCCAGUGGUUAGAGCCACAGAACCCUGAUUUCACUAUUGCGAAGAAGCUUAAGGAGUUGACAAGGAGACAUGCAGCUGAAGCCUCAUUCUUGCAUCAGUAUCAACUGGAAGAGGAAGAGAAUCUUGCAAAGCAACAGGCAGAGACCCUUGAGGCAAAUUAUAAGAAGUAUGAGCUGAUAGAAAAAGUCCUCAAGGAUGGUACUGCAAAAAGGUUGGGUCAUCGUUAUGGCAUCAACGAAUUUAAUGCUUGAGAGUGUAAUGGAUCCAACUCUUUUGGAAAACGAACAUUUUGGGUUUUGUUGCUGGGAUCAUCUGCAGUAUCUCUCAUGAUCUGUCCUUUUGGCUCUGGGUGUCUUUGGGUUUCUGACCUUGAAGUGGAGCUGUGAAUAUAAUCAUGGUUUAGUACCCUUGUACUGGAUGUUUUACUGAUCGUUGUAUGAGUCUGCCCUGCUUCCUGAUGCUUGCAAUCUCUAUUAUGAAAUGCAGCUCUUGCCUGUUGCCUGAAAACUUGUGUUUUGGAUUACAGAUUCUUGCGUUUGAAUUCGAUGGGCAAUUAUUUCAUUGAAUCCAGGUGUGCUCGGGCAUUUCCAGGGUUACCUCAUUGGUCCGGUGAUCAAGCCUCGGUAAUUUCUUGCGCAAGGUUGCUCCAUCUACGGGGACAAUAAAAGAAUCUAAAAUGACUUUUUUUGGGCCAUUGUCUUUCGAGAGAGCAUUGCUGCAAGUGGUGGAUUUUCCAGCUUGUAUCCCAAAGGUAGUAGCUUCCAGUAAAUAAGCCAUUGCUGGAAGAAGUAGAGAAUCAGUAUCUGUACUAGAAAAUGGCUCAACUUUUGAAGCAUUUUUCUUGGUUAUGAGCCCGAAAUUGGAGAAGUUUGAUUGAUGGGAUCCUUAACACUAGAAAUGCGCCUAGCCAAUGGUCGUUCCAUGUUAUUUCGCGAUUAUGCUAUCUUGCAAUCAACUUUAAAGAAUGCGCAUAGGAAAUCUCUUUUUGACUAUGCCGAAAUGACCAUAAUUUUGUCAUUGGCUGGCUUCUUUUAGCAGUAAUUGCUCCUGCUUUUUGGCUCUUGAGAUGAUGAACUAGAUGUCUUUGCUCUUGAGAUGAUGAACUAGAUGUCUUUCAGUGGACAUCCUCUGAGCAUGAAGCAGUGAACAUCACAAUUUGAGUACGUUGAAGACAAUGUAUGCUUUGUAGAUAGCUUUUUAGGCUCUUUAAGUUAGUUAUGUUUUACUUGUAUACUCCACGUUUACAAAGCUUGGGCGCAUAUUGGCGUGUUUCUACGGAAGUACUAUUGCUUAUCAGAAGAAUAUAAGCAAAAGUAACCAUGUCAAGUACAAUUUAAGUUUGUUACGGUUUAUUUUCUGAGCA